GAGGGUAUUCCCAUGGGCCUUCACCGCGGCCUGCUGCGUCCUGUUUGCGGUGCCCGCGUGGGCCGAGCUGAGCCUGGCCCGCGACGAGGCCCUGUCGUACUUCAGGUCGGACAGGACCGACGUGGUGAUGAUCAUCCCCGUGCUCAUCUGCGCCACCCACUACGUGCACAUGAGGCAGCGUGUUCCGAACAAGCUCGCCGUGAUGAUCACGCUGAUCGUACCCAGCCUGAUCCUGUUCCUCUGCGCCAGCGGGUCGCGGACGGCCGCCGUCGACAAGUACGACAAGCUGCUCUCUUCGAGCUGCGACGCCCUCCCGGAGAAACAGGCGCUGCAGGACUCGUGGGAGGC